CUGUUAUAAGUUUUAAUCCCCUAGAGUUGCCUUUUUAUCCAAAACGCCUGACAUGAUCGACUUAAGUUUCGUUAAGUUCUUCAAUCCGGCAGGCAUGGCGGACAGCGUCCAGCAGCCUCGCAGUUUCAGCCGGAUACGAAAAAUGCUGGUAAAAUUCCCGGGAGGAGGUGUUUCGCUAAUUAAAGAUGAGCGAAGCGGAAUUGCGGAAAUCGUUCUGGAUUAUCCCGAAAUACGCAACGGAAUGAGCGGGGUGAUGAUGGUGGAACUCCGCGAGCGCGUCUUGCAGCUGGAGAAUUGGACGAGCGGCAAGGGAUUAAUUUUGCGAGGGAAGGGUGGGAAUUUCUGUUCGGGCGGCGAUCUGAACUUCGCCAAGAGCUCCACGGCCGAGGAGGGUUUGGCAAUGAGCGUUUGGAUGCGGGACACGUUGACCCGAUUGCAGAGACUGCCACUGGUUAGCGUGUGUCUAGUGCACGGGCCCUGUUUGGGCGGAGGCGCCGAGAUGGCCGUUUUUUGUGACUAUAUUUUGGCGGCCGAGGAUGUUCAGUACGGAUUCGUUCACGGAAAGAUGGGAAUAGUUACGGCGUGGGGCGGCGGUACACAGUUGGUUCAACGAAUCGGUCGCGCGAGGGCGCUCGAUCUGUUCCUCACCGCUAGAGUGAUGAGCGCCGAGGAGUGCGUCGAAAUUGGGUUGGCCGAAGCCGUGGUGGCGUCUCCCGUCGAUCUGUCCAAAGUGACUAACUGGUUAAAACUACGACUUACUUUGCCAUCCCAGAUCACUCGUGCUUUCAAAACCAUAGUCUCGAGUAACCACAUGAAUAGUCAGGAGGAUGCCCUGAACGCUGAGAGUGAGACAUUUGCGCCAUUUUGGGGCGGGGCCAUGAACAAGGAGGCCCUGAACCGCAACAUUAAACACUCUAAAAUCUAAUUACCUCCACUACGGAUCGUUUUUGUGCCUAAUAAAUUACACCAAUGUUUUAUGUACCUAGUUUUAAG